AUGCCCAAGCUGAAUGGAGGAAGAAAACCCCAGCUCGGUUCCUUUCCCCAACAACAACCUCGAAAGCGAGAUCGCUUUGGGGCCGUCUUCCGAGGGAUCAUCAAUAAGCCGGAAAUCGACCGCUUGGAAAGUCAGCUACAGAAAGCCAAAGAGUCUCUGGAGACGGAUCUUCUCGUCGGGAUCUUCAAAAGCCUUGACAUCUUCAAGGUGCAAGCCAAUGAACUGCAAGACAAGCUUCGGGACCUGCUUCAGGCAACAUCCACAAACGAAAAGAAACUCCAUGACGUUAUUCAAGCACAAGUAGCCCUCGUCAACACUCAAAUAUCAGACCGUAUCGACCAAGCUGAGGCAUCUACCAAGAUUCAUGUCACAACAGCGCUUGCUAGUCAGGAGUCGAGACUCAAGUCGCAUGCAGACCAAGGCAGGGACAUUCUUUUGAUAGAAGCUGAAGAGAGAGAAAAUACCCGAAAGGAGAAUGAAGCUUAUGAACGGCUCUUGCGCAGUUUCCAGUACCCCGAUAUGAAUCGUCGACGAAACGAGAUACACGCCUCCAAUGGGUCGACCUUUCACUGGCUAUUCAAGGGAGAAUCUAAGGAUGAUUAUCCGGAAUCAGAGACCUCUCGGUCAGACUCUGUUUCUGAGCACGAGGCAGAGUAUUCUUCUGAGGAUGAGCCAGACUCUUAUCGUCAAAUGUUGGCCCGCGGCAGCUUUGGAACAUGGCUGAAAUCGACAGGGAAUCGGUACUGGAUAAGCGGAAGGCCUGGAACCGGAAAGAGUGUGCUCAUGAAGUUGAUUAUCUCCCACAAACAAACAAUGGAUUCAUUGCGACAAUGGCAACCUGAAGCCCAUAUCCUCAGCCACUUCUUCUGGAAGGUUGGCAGUCCUACGCAAAGCAGCUUUGAGGGCUUCUUGUGUUCCCUCGUUUAUCAAGUGUUCUCUCUGGAUAAGAAUCAUGCAGUGGGCUGUCUCCAUCAGAACCCCGAUUGGUCUCGUAAGACUGGACCUGGCGAUUGGGACAAGGACGAUCUCCAAUGCCUACUUCACAGUUACGCAAGGCAGCCCGCUCGACCUUUCUGUCUUUUCAUUGACGGACUUGAUGAGCUUAUGGACGAUGAAGGUGUAGGUAUCCUAUUCGACUUUCUCGAUACUCUAGAAGAACCUUCCCAUCUAUUUAAGGUCUGCAUGUCAAGCCGUCCAGAACAAGCCAUACGAAUGCGGAUGGGUCGGAAUCCCAACAUCGAAAUGCAAGAUUUGACACGAAAUGAUAUCGCGCAAUACGCGCGGGCCAGUCUUAACAAGGAGGUUGCUCUGACGAACUCUUCAAUCCAUAUCGAGAAUCUUGUGACAGAUAUCAGCCUUAAGGCAGAAGGAGUAUUUCUAUGGGCUGUUCUGGUAACAAGAUCAAUUGCACGAGGUAUCUCUAACGGAGACUCGAAAGAUGAUAUACAACAACGGCUUUUAAAGACUCCCAAGAAGCUCCACGAGCUAUACCUUGAUAUGUGGACAAGGCUGGGCGAGGACUCAGAUCUUUAUCAGCGUUCGACUGCACUCAUCUUCAAGAUUGUCCUCUUCAACUGGCGAACAUCCCACAAAGCCAAAGCAUUUGUCUUUCCACUGUUCAUUUCGGCAGCUCCAAUAUCUCUUCUGGAAUUGAUGUUGGCGUCAAGUGACAAUCUGUGGUCCACGCCUGUUGAAGAAGUUGAUACGCUCUUUACCACAGACCUUGAGCAACGGUGCAAGGAACUGCUGACCAGGUUGCCAGCCAGAACGGCCAACUUCUUUGAGUUCGUUCAAGCUAAGGACCGCGAGAGAUCAGACGAAAAACACCCGGCUGACAAGCUAAACUCCUCUGUGAUUAGUUACGGCAAUCUGGGGGUCGAGGCUGUUCACCGAACGGUCUUCGACUUCCUUAUCGAGACAGAGGAUGGAAAGAAGAUUAUGGGGCACCACGAGGCGUCUCAAGAAGAAAUAUUCAUCAGAAUGUUUAGAUCGCGUCUUCUCCGAAAUUGCCUAUUGCCCGAAGAUCGAUACACAUCGGGCAAAAACGAGGAAGAUCGCCUUUGGUUGUCAGCAUGGCGACACCUAGAUGUUCAGCUUGAGUUACUCUCAUAUCACGCCGAUAUCAUCCACGGUUCGGCGUUAGUCGAAAUGCUAGAUCUUUUAUGGAUCUCUCUUGUUCAAAUGACUAAAAGUCUCCCGAUACACCUAGACCCAAGUGUAGGCAUCGUCAAGCGGAUAUGCAAGUUGGACUACUUAUUGCGCGUUGUUUCUAAAGGAUUCGAUGCUUAUAUGAGAGAUUAUCUCAUCGAAUGGGAGAGUACUCGACAGUUCGAUGUGCUGUAUAAAAUUCUAAUUGCUUGCCUUGAAGCUUACGGUUUGCCUUCUGAUGAUUGCGGAUGGGCUGGAAAGCAACGUCUUAUACAACGCAUUCUUUCGAUUAUUGUUUCCGAUAAAUUCCAUAUAUUGACUCCGGGUGGACAGCAACUAAACAGCGAUACUGUGGUAAAAGCGAGCAUAGCGAGCUUUCUUAUUUCCUCUGUUGAUACUUUCCGGAUCCUGCAACGCAACACCUACCCUGCAUCAUCGUGGGACGCUCAAAGAAUUAGCGUCAUGCUCAGUAUGAUUAGGGAUUACCGCUAUUCAUUGUGCCUCAGAGAUCACAUGCUUGUUACAUUAUUCCUGAGCAAAACUAUAACUGGGAUGCCAAACUUGGUCACUUACAGACGCCACCGGGACGUUGACACAGUCGUCUAUGUGGAAAUCAGCAUGUCCAUCCUUGUUCAGAUCUUUUUACAACAAGUAGUGCAGAACGAUGCAACUUCCAGUCGUCAUGAACUCGAAGAUGUCCUCAAUCUGAGGGAUUAUCCCCAGACUAUAAAGCCCGUCAUGUUCGGUGUGGAUGAUUACUUUGUUGAACUAUCCAGCACGGAUCUGCCGAUUUUUCAGAGGUACUGCCACAGAAAGCUACUACCCAGACUUUCCGGUCCGUCGAGUGAGAGUUUAGAAGAAUCGAAAUGGUGUCACCAAAGAAUGGAAGAAAUCAAUCGCGAUUUGAGAGAGCAGAAGGGCCACGCAACAACACGGGUUGAGACGACAAAUGGAAUAGGAGAAGGUAUCGGUCCGCACGGGAUGAACUUCUACCUUUGUUGCUCUUGUAAGGCGAGAGAACAAACCGAAUCAUAG